AUGCACGGGAUGUCUAGGGMAGCGGGCUUAGGUCGGCUCAAGAAGACACCUCAAGGCAAAAAUUUAAAAUUAAAAAAAAAAUUAAAUAUGACAUUAGAGGAAAUUAGUGGAGUCCAUUCCGGCUAUCCUCAUUGCGGCUUUGGCCACCUGUACAUACUAUUGAAACACUCUAGGUCACUGAAAUUUUAUCCGCUAUUCAGAGAACAUCCACCAUUUUUAGAGAAGUCGGCAUAUUUUAGUUUAAAUACUAGCAUACUGGGGUCAUUUAUACAUCUUGAAAGACCAUACUGGACUGGAAAUGGAACUGCUCCACAGAGCAAAAGUUUUCUUGAACCGGAAAAAAUUUCUGAAACUACAGUGGUUUUCCAUAUGGUUGUGUUGGUGUGCGCGGGAUGCGGUAUCCUGACCAGCAUCGUGUUGUUGAUAGGAAUAUAUUUUGAUCUCAGAGUUUUGUUCGUACCUUGGAUAUUUGCAAUGAUCUUAGCAACUACUGUUGACGUCGCACAUUCAAUAUAUUUAUAUGGACUUGAUACGGUUGAAUUCAAUCCACCGACAGCAAUUUUGUAUACUAUCGAUUUUUUUCUACUAAUUUUAAACCUGUACGCGGUACUCUGCGUGAUAUCGCAAUAUCAAGAGCUUAUGGCGGGUAGAGGUACUGCGCGUUUCGAACAAACCUUGAAGAUAUCGCCGGUGAGGUACACGUGUCAGCCGACGGGCACCAGUUGCCUGAGUUCGAGGCGCCCGGCCACACUUCCGGCGUCGCCAACGCAGAGUCCCACGAAGACCACAGUGACCGCGACCACAGGUUCAGUGGUAUUGACGGCCGGCGGCGGAAGUUCUCGCAGAGGUUCCAGGAAACACGUCCAGUUUCCGGAUUUCGACGUGCCAAACCUAAAGUCCACGGACCUGUUGCACGCGAACUGGAAACAAGGAUCAUCUCCACCGCCCGAACAGAUGACCGGGACGGCCGCAGGUUACACAUCCUCUGAGUUAUCGAGUCAACAGCUACUGAUCGCCGAUAACAGGUCAAGCCAUUUACAAGCCGAACUUCUGCAGAUAUCCUCGCAAGAUUGUCCAAAAAAGUUUACUGCCGCCAAUCUUUAGACGCAUUUCAGAAACAAAUUUUUACGCGGUGUCGCACAUCCAACAUAGCCUUUAUUAUUGUAUAAUUUAAUAUAAAAUAAUAAUAUGUAAUAUUUUAUUUGAUAUGAAA